GAGGAAGGCGCUGGCGGGCAGUGAUGGCGGCGGGUGAUGGGGACCUGAAGCUAGGCACCCUGGGGAGUGGCAGCAAGAGCGGCAGCGACGGCAGCAGCGGGAGCCCAGGCGGCGCGGGAGCGGCAGCGGAAGGCGGCGGCUGGGCGGCGGCGGCGCUGGCGCUUCUGACGGGGGGCGGGGAAAUGCUGCUGAACGUGGCGCUGGUGGCCCUGGUGCUGCUGGGGGCCUACCGGCUCUGGGUGCGCUGGGGGCGGCGGGGUCUGGGUGCGGGCGCGGGGUCGGGCGAGGAGAGCCCCGCGGCGUCCCUGCCGCGCAUGAAGAAGCGGGACUUCAGCUUGGAACAGCUGCGCCAGUACGACGGGUCCCGCACCCCGCGCAUCCUGCUGGCGGUCAAUGGGAAAGUCUUCGACGUGACCAAAGGCAGCAAGUUCUACGGCCCCGCGGGGCCAUAUGGAAUAUUUGCUGGCAGAGAUGCCUCCAGAGGACUAGCAACGUUUUGCCUAGAUAAGGAUGCACUUCGAGAUGAAUACGAUGACCUCUCAGAUUUGAAUGCAGUACAGAUGGAGAGUGUUCGAGAAUGGGAAAUGCAGUUUAAAGAGAAAUAUGAUUAUGUAGGCAGACUCCUAAAACCUGGGGAAGAACCUUCAGAAUACACAGAUGAAGAAGAUACCAAGGAUCAUAAUAAACAGGAUUGAACUUUGUAAACAACCAAAGUCAGGGGCCUUCAGAACUGUAAUUCUUACUCCCUUUCACGGAAUGUCCAGUGUCUUUUGGUUUGAUUCACCUGCUGCGAAAAAUAUUCGACAGAUUGUAUGCAAGAUAAAUGAGUCUCACUAUGAAGAUUUGAAACUAGACAUUAUGUGUGCUGCCAAACUCAUUUGUUGCAGUUGUUUGUAAUGUCUGGUGGGGCUCCGUCAUCCUGAGAAGGAACAGACAGGCAUUCUUAAACAGUACGAAAGCCACCAGGUUACUUUAGCUUUUCUUCCCCGCCUCCCUACCCUUCCCCAUAACCACCCCCUUCCCGCUCCCUUCCCCAUCCCCCAUCAGACUUCAUUCUCUCUCCUCUUUGUUUUUCCCUCUCUCCUUUUUCAAAAUAAUAUCAAAGACAACCACAUAGGUAUUUGCAACUCAAGUGGACAAAUCUCAAAAACCACUGCAGGCCUCCUGUGUCACAUGCCGUGUCUUUAUUUUAGCACUGAAGAGGGAGGGGCCUGGGCAGAGGAGGCUGGAGUUGCACCUUCAUUUGAGUAUUUCAGGCUACUGAAACAUUAACAGUUCUAUUCCCAAACUCUCCUUUUUGGGCUUCAUCAGGAAAAAGGGAGAAAUUGGGGGAGGGAGACAAUUUCAAGUGGAUUGAAAUAAGGAAAUUCCCCCAAGAUCAUUUCAAACCAGUUUUAUCCCUCUCCUUCCUUCCCCUAGAUCAAAUCAAUAUUAAUUGUGCCUUAUUUCACAAACUCCAUAGACUUGAAUUAUUUUUAGGGAAAGCCCCUAUAUGAAUUUAGAAGUCACUACAAACAGCAUUGAGACUGAGGUUGGAAUAUUCUAUUGACCCACAAAACCUUGAUGUCAUUCUGUGUAUAUAGAAUGUAAAAGGAAUAUUCAGUGUUAACUGCCAUAUAUGUUGAUAUACACAAACUUAAUUAGCAUUGUGAUGCCAAAUGCAUUCCCCAAUGCUUUUUCUUUUUCAAAAAGAAAAAAAAAUUGGAAAUCAGAUCAACAGCUCUUACCCCUUACAGAAGCUGCCUAACUUUAGGAGUCUGACGUUCACAUCUCGCUGGUGUGGGCGCGUGGGGCCGCAGUGUGGAUGUCUGUGUGGAUGUGUCUGUAUGUGUGUGAGUGCCUUGGAAGGGAUUCUUUCUGCAGAUACUGUAAAUAUAAGUACCGUUUUAAUAAAGCAUGUACAAUAAACCAAAAUAA